GAUCACAUGAACUCACAUUUUCUUCAUCCAAUAACAUCAAAUCUAAUUAACUACAUAAACGCAAAAAAGGAUGAAUCCUAUGUUUUAUUUCCUUCUUGCCUUAACCGCUGUUUUGGUCGUGACCGCAAGCCCCGGCGAACCAGUUCGUGACAUUAAUGGUGAUAUCAUAUUCGACGGCAGUUACUACGUUCUCCCACGCAUCUUCGGCCCUGCAGGUGGCGGCCUGACUCUCUCCCCCCGUGGUGGCAACAAUUGUCCCCUCUAUAUCGGACAGGAGUAUUCAGAGGUCAAGAGGGGCAUUCCCGUAAGAUUCUCAGACUGGAGGACUAAAGUUGCGUUCGUUCCUGAAUCAACGAACCUCAACAUCGAGAUGGACGUCAAAGCCACGAUUUGUGUUCAGUCAACCUAUUGGUAUGUACCUGCGCCCGACAUGGUCUUUGAGGCGGCGUUCAUAGCGGCUGGUCCUAAACCAUCGAAUGAUUUCUUCCAGAUCAAGAAAAUUGAAGAUUCUAUUGGAGGUUACAAGAUUGUGUUUUGUUUUAACGGUGAAGAUUGCGUCGAUGUCGGAAUAUUUGUGGACAAACAUGGCGUUAGGCGUUUGGCUCUAGCCUCUACGCCAUUCGAAGUUGUGUUCGUGAGAGCUAGUGAGACAAAGACUUCGUCCAAGCCUAUUAUGUCUAUCAUCUAAGAGGAUAAGAGUUAUAAGCUACGACUAAUAAUAAAACUCAAUCUAUGUUUCAUGUUUUCUUUGUUCAUCAAUCGUCAUAAAUGGAAUAAAACAUCUUCCUUUGUUUCUUUUUCUUUUUAAUUCUCUCUCUAGUUCAAGCAGGGCCGGAUGUGGGGACAUUAUAACCAUAACCAGCAUAGCUUUUUUUUAAAAAAAAUAACCAGCAUUGAAUCAGAAGAUCUAGGAUUAGUUCUGUCGAUAUAUUUUUCUAAGUUACAUAGCUCUAGAAAAAAGUUGAUGCAGCUUCUUUUGGUUCUAGAAAGUCGGUUGUGUUUGGUAAAUGGAAUGGAAGUUGACCAGAAACAGAUUAAGAUGUGCGUGGUGCUGAUAUAUUCACUUUUUUUUAUACGUACAACAUAUUCGCUUUUCUGGUAAGUUUUAACAAAGAAAUAAAAUAGCUAGCAAUUUGAUCAAUGGCGCUAAGACAAAAUUCAAUUCAGUGUACAUAUUUGCAUCGACGGCCGUGAAAACUCUUAAAGCACGAGGCCAGUAAAUAAAGAGAGCUUACAAAUUAAUGAUCUUCUCAAGAUGUACAAUACUCUACUUCAAAAAAAAAAAAGAU